AUGACAGGUGGUUCAUUAAGACAUAGAAAUUUGGGUGUUGGUGAUAUUGGCAAUGCUGGGGAUACUGUGGUUGAUGAUCAUAAUUAUAGAAAUAGUAGAUCAAGACAAAAAAGACAAUCUCUUACGUCUCGUUUAAUAAGAUUAUUUAUUUGGACAGUAUUAGCAAGUUUAAUAUUUUUAUUGUUUAAUGUUCCAGAUCAAGAUAAUGAUGAUUUUUUUAAUGAUCUUUGGGAAAAAAUUUUAUCAUUGAAAAAAUGGAAGAGGCAAGUAUUAGAUCUUUUAAAAUUUUCAAGUGUUUGUCUUUCUCUUACUUUUAUUAAUUAUAUAUUUUUGGAAUACAUUCAACCAUUUAUGAAAAAUGCUCAAAAACCCAAUUAUAAAUAUUGGCAACAAGAUAAAAAUUUAAAGAAAUAUAUAAUUUUAGCUACAAUUACUGGCACAGUUGGUUUAACAGGAAUGUCAGUUAGUUUGUGGGAUGUUUGGGGAUUUUUUGGGGCACCUUUAGUGAUAUCUUCAUUUUUAAUG